GCCCGGCCGAGGGGGACCCCCGGCGCCCCGGGGAAGGCAACAGCCAGGGCGAGCGCGCCCGCGCCCCCAGCCGCUCCCUGGCCGGCCAGCGAGGACCGGGAAGAUGAACAACGGCGGCAAAGCCGAGAAGGAGAACACCCCGAGCGAGGCCAACCUCCAGGAGGAAGAGGUCCGAACGCUGUUUGUCAGUGGUCUUCCUCUGGAUAUUAAACCUCGAGAACUCUACCUGCUUUUCAGACCAUUCAAGGGCUAUGAGGGGUCUCUCAUAAAGCUCACAUCUAAACAGCCUGUAGGUUUUGUCAGUUUUGACAGUCGCUCAGAAGCAGAAGCCGCAAAGAAUGCUUUGAAUGGCAUCCGCUUCGACCCUGAAAUACCGCAAACACUACGACUAGAGUUUGCAAAGGCAAACACGAAGAUGGCCAAGAACAAACUCGUAGGGACGCCAAACCCCAGUGCUCCCGUGCCCAACACUGUACCUCAGUUCAUUGCCAGAGAGCCAUAUGAGCUCACAGUGCCUGCACUUUACCCCAGUAGCCCUGAAGUGUGGGCCCCGUACCCUCUGUACCCAGCGGAGUUAGCGCCUGCUCUUCCUCCUCCUGCUUUCACCUAUCCCGCUUCACUGCAUGCCCAGAUGCGCUGGCUCCCUCCCUCCGAGGCUACUUCUCAGGGCUGGAAGUCCCGUCAGUUCUGCUGAAUACUGUUUCCCAGGUGUGUGAUGGCGGCUGCAAUCUGUCUUGUGGGUAUUAAUGCAAUCUUCCAUGGUGGCUCCUGUGCUCCAGCUGUUCUGCGAAACUGGAGCGUACUGGCUUCAAGAGACCUUGCCCAGUACUGAGCCCGUCAAGACUUUGCCACAGCCUCUAUCACACAUCUGUUUUUCUCGAAGAAAAAAAAUAUAAUAAAAAUGUUUUACUCUUUUACACUGUAUAACUCUAAGAAAUAGUGUGUUGUUAUUUGUGAAUGCAUGGUCUGACAUUCAUGUCCAUACAGUUGAGAUAUUUUCAAACGCAACGUAAAAGAAGUCAACAGUAAUACCAAGAAAGUGAGUAUUUUUAUACCAAACCUUUUACGUAUGACCAGAUGGAUGAUCUCACACUGGUUGGAUCACAGUUUUUGUGCUUGACUUUCUGAAUGCUUGUAAUUAAGAAUAUCUAUUUUUUUUCCUCUAAAAUAAGCUGCAUGUUUGAGGCAUGCUUCUAAAUAUUAUCAAAAUGUCCAGCGUUGUGUUGUGGAUGUGUUUAGGACCCUGUUGCCUGGCAGGAGUCCAGGGUAGCUUAGUGACGCUAUGUUAGGUGUUAGGAACUGCUUCUGCUGCGUGAAGUCCCUCCCUCUAAUCCCAGCCCUCUAGCUAGGAUGUCCAUGCAAGACAAUCGGGAGCGGCCAGGGCCUGUGCCGAGCAGUGCACUCACAGCUGGGCAAUGGAGAGAACUCCUGACCACAGCGUGGGUUCAGAAAGCCCUGGCAGCCUCAGGUGCAUCACCCAAACUGUGCGCCAUGUGCCAGCUUUUGCAUUUUGUUUUGCUUAUGACCCACCUGUAUAACUCACCUCCCUAAGUCCUGUCUCGUUUGGGAGGACAUUGUGGUUUGGGAGAGCAGCCCUGUAGGCAGCACGAAUCUCCAAUGGUCAGUCUGAGCCGGGGUCCUAAGUCUUGGUACCUGAUGGGCCCAUCAGCACCCAUCCUCAAUGGGUCCUGCUGCCCAGAGAUGCCCUGUGCCCAGCAAGUAGAGACCAAGCUGUCGGGGGCUGUGGUAUGAGCACUUGCUGAGCUUGCUUUGGGAUCUCCUUGGAGCAGGAGUGCCUCCUCUGCUGUGCUGCCAUGUCCCAUGAGAACAUGACCAUCCCCCGUCAACCAAAGCCACGUGUGCAGCUGUAAUGCUCUAAGAAUGUUCGACUGCUGACAUAGUUAAACAUGAUCACAAGCCUCCUUACCGAUAUGCUCACGUUUUGUUGAAAACUUCAAUGCUUUAAUGAUUAUAGAGUUCGUGUGGGGUUGUUUCAUUUUCUUUCAUUAGAAGUAAAGGAUGUUAAGAAGCUUUUAAAGGUCUUUGCCAAAAACAAACGAAACCAGGCCAGAAGCGAGGAAACCUUUCUUCCCCUGCAUGCGGGGGAAGGACAGGCAGCCCCUGGGGGCUCUGACAGGCCCGCUCAGGUGUCCCAGGACCCACUGAGAUCUUGGUGAGUCCUGUAUUAUUCCUAAGGAAAACAGCCACUUCAUGGUCUAUUGUGCUUUUAUAAACUGGUAAAAGGUACUUUUUUAUUGUCAUUUUUAAAAGAAAUAAAGUGCUUAUUCCA